AACCCUAGCCACCACAACCACGCACUCCUCUUUUUUUUUUCCCCUUCCCCACCACCACCACCGCCUCUCUCGCCGGCGAAGAGAAGGGGGAAGCGCGGCUGCGGCGGCGGCGGCGGCGCGCGGCGGAGGUAGGGCUUGAGGUCCUGAGGUCUCUCCUCCGUCUCGAUCUGCCUCCUAACCCCGAAGCGAGAGGGAUUUUGCGCGGGGAGGGUGGGGGUCCGUACAGCCCGGCCGCCGUAUCCCGGGGUGGCGCUGAGGCUGCCAUCAGCUUGCCUCUAUCUGAAUCUUCUGGCCCUGAAAAGAAGCUAAAAUUAUUUUUCUUUGUCAAGACCAAAAAGUAUUUAUUCAAACCAAACACUAUGACCACACAAGCUUGUAAGAAGAGAAGAGCAGUUUAUAUAAGCAGUGAAUCAGAAGACUCUGGUACAGACUCUGAGGUUGAGGGAAGCAAACUCUCCAAAAAAGAUGGGGUCACGUCAGUCUAUACAUGUGGUCACCAGCCAACCUCUAAGAAUAAGGUUGAUCCGAUGAAUACUAGCAAGUCAAGGCAGUGUGGAAGUAUUCUGAAGAAGCUCAUGGAUCACAAAAGUGGAUGGAUUUUUAAUACACCAGUUGAUCCAGUGGUAUAUGGAAUUCCUGAUUACUUUGAUGUUAUUCGCAAUCCGAUGGACUUGGGUACUGUUAAAAGGAAACUCACAAGCAAGCAAUAUUCCAACCCUUAUGAGUUUGCAGCAGAUGUGAGGCUAACAUUCUCGAAUGCGAUGAAGUAUAAUCCUCCAGGAAAUGAUGUCCACGGAAUAGCUGAUCAAUUGAACAAAAUAUUUGAUUCGGAAUGGAAAUUAUUGGAAAGGAAAUGGAAAGACAGAAAUUUGGUACAAGAGCAGCCAUCACUGAAGGUAUUAAAGGCUCAGCCUGCUGUUACCCCAAAACCUGUGCUACCUAAGGGGGUGACUGCAGGCACAAAUUCAGCUGUGAGCAAGACACUGGCAACUGCAUUAUCCUCCAAAGUAAAAAUUAAAUUUUCUGUGCGAGGCUCUGAGCUGACCUCUUCCAAAGACACGCCUUUGCAAGCAGUUGGCAGAAGAGACGGCACAAUUAACCAAUCUCUCCCUUGCACCAAGGACAAUGCUAAGACACCAAGGAUACAAUCAAGUGAGGACAGAUCUGAAUCAACUGGAAAUGAAUUGCGGCCUUGCGAUGAUGCUUCUACUUCACCUCUUGCUUCUUCCAGACAAGAAGAGGAAUAUUUGCCUGAAGAACCUUUAUCACCAAGCAAGGCUCUUCGUGCAGCAAUGCUCAAGAGUCGUUUUGCUGGUACAAUUGUCAAGGCGCAGCAGAAAGCACUUCUGGAUCAUGGGAAGAAAAUAGACCCUGCGAAAUUGCAGUUAGAAAAGGAGAGGCUGGAAAAAAGGCAGCAAGAAGAGAAAGCAAGAAUUGAGGCCCAGGUGAAGGCGGCUGAAGCUGCUGCACAAUUAAAGCUAGACGAAGAAAUGAGGAUGAAGAGGGAGCAGGAAAGACGAGCAGCACGCCUGGCACUACACAUGAUGAAGAAGACUGUUGAUAUUGACAACAGUGACUUCCUUAAGGACCUGGAAAACUUAAGCAAAAAGUGGGAGCUGAAUCCCCCUGGCAAACUUAUUGUUGAUUUUGUCGACGGGAUCGAUCUACCACCUGGCUUAGGGAGUCCGCUAGAGAGGCUUGGCCUUUUCAUGAAGAAGGAUCUUGAGGAAGAGGUCGAACAUGAAAUGGAGGACAGUGUAUCACCAUCUACGGAGAUCGACGUGGAGGAAGGAGAGAUCAGCUUCUGUCAAUAGCACGGCUCUAAAAUAUCCAUUGUUUCUUCCUUUUUUUCUUUCCCCCCAUCAGACUCUGAAGCAACAUGCUCGCAUGGCUUAUAAAAUUGUGCGCGAGUGCUGUGUUAUUUAUUCUGCCUCAAGACAACAUCAUAACAUAAGCCGAGUAAAAUGAAGCGUUGGUUCAUCUAGUUUGUGUUGUCUAACCAGAAAACAAAAAUGUCAGCUGAACACUGAAGUGGAGUUAUCGGUUGCGUGGACUUCGCCCCGAUUUUGUCGGUUCUGUGAAACCCUGUAUGUUGUAGGUGUUCCACGUAUGCAAUUCUGUAAAAAAAGGAAAAUAAAAAAAAAGUUGUAUGUAAUGUGAUGUUAGACUGUUAGUAUAUAAUAAUAUUAUAGUUACUGAUGA